AUGAUGGCGCGGCGACGCCGGUCGCCCUCGUCAAUGUCGCCUAUGGCAGCAGCGGUUAUCUGCCUUCUCGCCACCCAUCUCUGUGCCGCCACAGCUACACACCCACGCUCUUUACGGGCAUUGGAAAGUCCGGAGAGCACUGGAAGCACUGGGACCGAUGGGAGCAGUGGGAGUGCAGGAGUCGUGGCAGGUGCUAUUCCCAGCACUGCCACUCCCGGACGUGCUAGCAGCCGCAGCCGCAACCGCAUCACCGGUCGCCACGUGCCGCACACCACCAGCAGCAGCAGCAGCAGCAGCACGGUGUACCGGCCACUGGGAGUGCUGGAGUCGGGGUGCGGCACGGCGACGUGUGACGAGGAGCCGUGGCGGUGCAACGUGAUGAGCGACCCCAUCAAGGUGUACCUCAUCUGGCACGGCGCCUUCUCCCACGCACAGAAGGAGGUCGUGCGCACCUUCGUGCGCUCGCUCAGUAGCUCGGAAGGCACUGUGGCGGGGUGGUGGGACAUAUCAGAACUAUACGACGACUGCAACGGCAACACGGUGUCCGCCUCUGUCUCCCUGGGCGGGGAGAUGCAGGUGCGCCCCAACGCCAUGCGCCUGCUGCUGGGGGAGCGCUCCAUCGUCAACCUCGUGCGCAUGGGCAUCAACCGCGGCAAGUUCCCUGCUGACAAGAACGGCGUCUACUUUGUCAUCGGCAACCGCUACAGCAAGCAGUGGUCAUCACUGAACCCCUGGGGCGACAACUUCUGCAGUGGCUUCUGUGGCUGGCACAGCUACCGCACCAUCAAGGGCAAGCAACUCAAGUAUGCCUUCGUUGGCAACCCCGCCGGCAGGUGCAUGUGGUCGUGUGGCGGCAAGACGCUGUACAACGCAGCAGCAGGGCCGAGCGGGGUGGGCAAGGGCAUGGACUCGGUGGUGUCCACUCUAGCCCACGAGCUCACGGAGUCUGCCACUGACCCGUACCUCGCCACGUGGAGCGAUGCUGAUGGCUAUGAGAACGCUGACGUGUGCGACAUUGACUUCACGAGCAGUGAUCUCUCCACAACAUCGGAUGGAGCCCCGUACAAUCUAGUGGGCAUAGGGGGGUCCAAGUUCCUGGUGCAGAAGAACUACCAUCCCACCCAGCACGAGUGCGUCAACACGGUGUAG